AUGAAUCCUCCGUGUGCACGCUGUAAGAAAACUGUCUACCCGAUGGAAAAACUUAACUGCCUUGACAAGGUGUGUUGGCUCGCUGUGAAGUAUGAGAUCCAUUACAUGCGCGUGCAAGUAACGCUCAUGUACUUACUGUCCGAAUCUAACAUAUAUACGUUUUUGUUAUUUUUUCUCAAAGUAUUGGCACAAGGGUUGUUUUACUUGCGAGGUUUGCAACAUGACUUUAACAAUGAAGAAUUACAAGGGAUACAACAAAUUGCCUUACUGCAAUCCGUAAGUUUAAGCUUAAAUAUUUUAAGUCCUGCAUAUUUAUACUCUCUUUCUAUUCAUCCAUGCUUUGUCUAUCUGAAUGUCGUUAUUUAUGUUUUUAUAUAUUUUCAAUUUUAAUCUAACUAAUUGCUGAGACCCCUGUGUCUCUAGAAGGUUAGUCUUGCGUGUACUGCGCGCUGACAGCACAAGAUCCUUACAUUAUUUUCUUCCAGUUCCUCGAAAUGCAUGUUCUCAGUUUCCAGAAACCAAGCAAGAUAUUUUUCAUCCUUUCUUCUUCGGUUAAACCGAAACAGCUCCGGAAUCUGUAUGCAUUGAUUUAUAUUUCUUUUGUAUGUCUCUGUUUAGUUAACCUAAUAAUUCUUCCGAAUCGAUUCUGCUUGCAGGCACGUUUUAGAAUGUUUGAACGCAUUCUGGAACGUAAUUUAAUGACCGCGUGCUAAAAUAUCUGUCAUCCAAAUAAUUUUUACUCUAUUUUAUACUGCUGAAAGCAACUCCCAAAACUGAGGUUAUGCCAUGAAUUGGAAUCUAUAAGUGCACUAAAGCUAAUUAUGUUGUACGGCGUGUGUACACAAGAUAUUGCAGCUGUAGUUUUCUUGUGUUACGUACGGGUUUGCUUCAGUCAACCGUCGCACCCUUUACAUCUUAGAAUUUAACGAUCAGCCUGUUACAAAGGUUAAAGGUAAUUCUUACGGAUCACAUAGAAAAUACCAAGAAAUUCCUAUUAUCUUUUAGUUACUGUUCCCACUACUAUCUCAGCAAAAGUUUAACUUGUCCAACUGUAAUGUUUACAUAAAGAUUGCGAGAAAUGCUUUUCAUGUCUCACACACGUUAGUGAAAUGUUAUGUCUGGACCAUUCAUCGUAAAUAAAUAAAUACUCACUAAACGUGGAAUAAGUGUCUGGAUGAAUAGGCUGUGCGUACAUUUAUGUAUUAAAACUAUUUUGUUCAUGUCACUUGAGACUUUUUUACUUACAAAUUCAUAAAAUUAUGAUGUAUUGUACAAAACAUUUAACAGUUAGCAUUUUGUCCUAUGUUUAAGUCUUCUGUAAGGAAGUAAUGUUUUGGGUUUACCUCGCUGUAAAAGCUGUGAAGUUUUUCUUUGUUUUCUAGCUGUUAUUUUCUUUGGCUCUAAUGUGUUGACUUCUCAGUGGCUUCCUUGCACUCAUUUUUUCACCUCACCCAUGAGUUUCACAGGUUUUUACACCAAGGAUGAGCCGAUGUUUUGUUAUCCAUGCAGAUGAAGCAAAACCCAGGAAGUGGUGGAUCCUUAAAUCUUUUUCUAGUGGUACCCUGGUUCUCCAGCCUCUCUCUUUUUCCCCCAAUACCUUGAUGAUAAUGAUGAUGUUAAUGAUAAUGAUAAUAAUAAUAAUUAAUAAUAAUAAUAAUAAUAAUAAAUAAUAAUAAUAAUAAUAAUAAUAAUAAUAAUAAUAAUAAUGAUAAUAUUUCCUUUAUUUACCACCGGCAGUAUUUAUAGCUCUUAUUCUAGUGGGGCUGAGCAAAUGACACAAACAAAUAAUUCAAAUCAAACAUAACAGUAUUAAGAAUCCCAACUAGCUGGAUGCAAGCCAGCUAGCAGUUAGGGACAGUUAGGGAUUUCUUUUGGUUUCACUUCAGCCGUGAAAGCCCAAUCCAGCUCUUGGUAUUCAGAGAGUGAAGUGUGGCAUGAAACCAGAGAGUGGGAAAAAAUAAGAAAGAUAGAGAGGAGUAUCACAACUCCCCCAUCCCCCUCCCCCUGUGUUUUUCUUUCUCAUGGAGUUUGGCACCAUCCUCACAAUCUGAAUGACUGGAACAGGGUUUGAAAAUCUAUACCAGAGAACCUUCUCACAUGCUCUUAUAUUUCUAACAUAUGGAUAUAUGUUGCUUAUUCCAGGCAUUACCCAACUACAAAAUUCACAGCAGUGGCUGAUACCCCAGAAAAUAAAAGGCUGGCAGCGAACACCAAGAAGCAAAGUAAUGUAAGUCCUGUUUUUUUUAUUUUGCUCUAAUUUACUACUAUCUGUUCAUUAUUUCCCUGAGUCCUCUCUGUUCUCAUUAAUUUGUGCAUUGGGCAGGAGAAAACAUAAUUUCAAAAUGGCUGAAGUUCUUGCUCGCGUUUCUGUAACCAGAAAGAGAGGAGGGCUGUCAUUUAGAUUUCAAGUUGCCAGUUAAAUUCAACAAGUAGGCAGUAAAUUAAACAGUUAGGGAUUUCUUUUGGUUUUAUUUUUCUACUAUUUUCAUAUGAAAGUAGCCAGGGUCACUUUCUUGUUAGACAGGUAAUCCCCAGCCCCUGGCCCUAAUGACAGCUAUGAGAGAGGUUGAAUAGCCCCCAGCAUAACCCCACCCUGGAGUAUCCAGGGGUUAUUCUUCUGUAUCUCCUGACCAAUCCAGCAUGUUUAAGCUUACCAGAGACUGGAGUGUCCCAGCUGGCUUAGCUCCCUGGCUCAUUUAAAUAUGCAAGGCUUAUGACCACAAGUUUUACAAAAGCAAGAAGAGAUCACUGUAUUUGCAGGCUAGGCUGCACUACAAGAAAAAUUGAUACGAGGCUAGUGCUCUGAACCUGUGAAGUCCAGGAUGUCUAGCAUACGUGACUUUUUUUUAAACUAAGUUUUGGCACCAGCAAUGUUCUCCUUAUCAGGCAGUAACCGAUAAAAUUUACUGCCUGAAGCAACACUUCUUACCGUCUGCAACUGCUUGAAGGUUUACUAAAAUUAGAUAGGUAGUGUUAAUUAAAAAAUACGCAAGUGGCAUGAUCCGAUCAAGGAAUGAAAACAUACUAAAGUAUACACAGCUUUUCUUUUUUUGGAAUGAGAACAGUGAAUACAGAGUAAAAUUGUUGGGAUCAAAUGUGUUAAAUAAAUAAUUUAUUUAAAACAUUUGAUCCCCAUAAUUUUACUCUGUAUUCACUGAAUUAACAACAAGUGUUGUCUAAAGAUAUCAAUGGCCGAUUUCUGUAAUGAGGGAAAGACGUUUCAAAGAACUCAGCUUCUCCUAGGGUGGGGCCAUAUCUCUCACUCCACUACCCCCUUCCCCCCAGAAAAGUGCACCUCUGGGGCAGAUUUUUUACCUUAGAUGCCAUGAAUGGUCCCUUACCUGCUGUGCUAAAAUUUAGGGAGAACACUGACCAGGUGCCACUAGGUGCUGCUAGAGCACAGCCCUAAGCAGGUGGAGAGAUUUGUCUUACAGUGUGGACACUCAAACUAGGACACUUGGGAGAAGAUUGUCCAAUCACAGCGAUUUCUGAAAACAGAAUAUUCUGAAGGUUUUUUUGCAGACGGACCCAUAAGAUUCAAGGUUCAACUAUGCAAGCACUGAACACUUUGAAACCGUUUAACUUACCAGACCUCUCAGGAAACAGCCCUCAAAUUUAUUAAUGUUAUUGGUCCAUUUUGCUUUCAGAAAACGUGAUUGGAAGUCUUCUUCGUACUGUCCCGGUUUGAGUGUCUGCACCAUAAGCACUGUUUCUUGGUUUUUUUUUCAACCCAUGUUUAAUUAAGUUUCACUGUCAUGCAGAUUGAGUAUCAUAAGAAAUUUGAAGAAGAGAAAGGACACUACACUUCUGUUCCUGACGAUCCUGGAACAGUACAAGCACAGAGGAGUAGUAGCAUGGCUAGCCAAGUAGCUUAUACUCAUCACUCAUCAGGACAGAGUCGUCUUGGUAUACAGCAGCGGUCAGAAGCUGGUGAGCAAUGAUGUUACAUUGAAACACUCUAGACCAGUAGCCUGAAUUUCACCUGUCUCCUCGAAUCGCACACUUCGGAGAGAGAUAUCUGAGUCAAUGACUCAGUCGCGAGGACUGUCUAGUGAUGUCACUACCCCUUUGUUUUAAUUCAUGCCAAACUUAAAACCUGUGAACAAACUGUAAAUUAAGACAUCUCCCUAAGGAGUGUUACUACAACUCAAGGAGACAGCUAAGCUAAAAGAAGCCAUUAAUAAUUUUAACAAGUCAUUAGUUUUACAAGAAAGUUGUGAGUCUCUGUAACACUGGUCAAGCUUAGGUAAAAUUUGUUCUAGCUGGAGAGAGUGAUGCCUUUUGGUCUUUUCUUGCCUUUUAGAAGUGAGACAAAUCCAGCAACAGCGCCGAAUGUCUCAGGAACAUCCUUUAGCAUAUGAACAGCAGCCACCUCGGCAAGUUGCUCCUCCUCCCGAGCCUCAAAUUAGUGCCCCACCGCCACCCAGUGGAACGGUUUGUAUCCAAUCUGUCUCAAACUUAGGGAUUUAAUUAACUCUCUACGCAAGUACCCAGGAAAGUCCCUAAGAGCCGGCUGCCGGCUGCUGGCUUUUAAUUCAUUGGCUGAAAUAGAACUUACCACCGGUGCAAAUUGCUCUGAAGAAAAAAGACGUGAAAUUUUCAAGUUGCUGUUGAGUAAAAUAGCCUGCUUGACUGAUAAAAAAGCCUGCUCAUCUUUUCCUUAGCUACAUCCCUGGGUACCUGAAUUAAGUUGACACCUAGACACUGGGUUAGUUAGAAAUCAGCACUGCAUUCGUUUUUUUUUUUGCCAGCUUCUCUUCUUGUUGAGGUGUAGUGGCUGAGCAGUUAACACCUGAUACUUCAGAUCUGUAGGUUAAAGCCUCACAUUGACAUUGUUGCUGAAGACAGGAAGUUUUCUCCAAUAUGUUUGUCUUCACCAGAUAUUAUGGGUACCGAUGACCUACUGCUGGGAGUAAUCAUAUGUACCUGGGCUAUUUCUUUGAUUCUAUAUUAAAUUCCCCAGACCCUACGAUUGACCAACCCUUGAUUUCUCCUUGUAGUAAAACUCCUCAAUCAAACAUUGGUGUUGAUUUUUAAGCAAACUCUCCUCAUUAGCACCAUAGGAAAUGUAAAGGGGAGAGUGUUAAGAAUAUGCAUGAUGAUAUGAGCAAAAUCAGCCACCUAUUUCAGCAAUAAAGCUAACCACUUGAAAAUGGUUUGACAACCCUGCAUGAAGUUAAUCCCCACUUGUAAUCUUUUGACUCUUAAAGUUGGACUGCUCUCUAAGACAGGUACUCAUUCUUGAUGUCAGUGGAGUCAUUCUUAUAAACUAAAAUCCUGUCAUCUUUGUACCUUCCAGUUAUAAUCCAGAGGGGCGGGGUGGGGGAGGGGGGGGCACUGUUCUUCAUGAUGGGAAUCUGGAUGAGGUGGCAAUUAUUUAUUUGUACAUUCUCAAGUUGAAACACUAUUUUUUUUUUACAUUCAGAGAUACAUUGCAAUUUACGAUUACACAGCUGCUGAUGAUGACGAGGUCAGCUUCAGUGAAGGAGACAUUAUAGUAGACGCAACAAUUAUUGACGAGGGCUGGAUGGAAGGACGUGUUCAAAGGUCUGGCCAAUAUGGAAUGUUGCCAUCAAAUUAUGUGGAGAAAAUAUAA